AUGGCGGCGGUAGACGUGGAAGAAGAGAGUGUUCUGGCUUCGGUGUUCCGUAGCAGCUUCCCGGAGAGCUGGCGGGACAGCCCGGACUUUGCUGCCUACUUGUUGGAACUCAGCUCCUUUGGAGUAGAGAAGCUAAGGAGGGAACCAGAGCGGCUGAGCGAAGAGCGAGCGCAGAUCCUGCAGCAGACCCGGGAGCUGGCCUUCACCCACUACAAGACCUUCAUCCGCACCGCCGAGUGCACCGAGCUCAUCUACCGGGACUUCGGGCAAGUGGAGGACAAUGUGUCCCGCCUGCUGGCCAAAGUGCCCGGCUUCCAGGAGACCUGCAGGGGUUUUGUUAAGCAAGCGGAAGAUAUCAGUGCUAGUCGUCGUAUGAACACGCUGACCUUGAACCGACAUACAGAAAUCUUAGAGAUCUUGGAGAUCCCACAGUUAAUGGAUACUUGUGUGCGCAAUGGAUAUUAUGAAGAGGCUCUGGAGCUUGCUGCCUAUGCUAAACGCCUAGAAAAGAAACAUUCUUCUAUACCUGUCAUCCAGGGAAUAGUAAAUGAGGUCAGGCAAUCUUCACAGCUCAUGUUAAAUCAGCUUCUGCAGCAGCUCCGCAGCAGUAUUCAGCUUCCAGCCUGUUUACGUGUGAUUAGCUACCUUCGCAGGAUGGAUGUAUUCACUGAGGCUGAGUUGCGUAUCAAGUUCCUCCAGGCCCGGGAUGCUUGGCUACGAUCUCUGCAGUGCUGCAUCCCUCAGGAUGACCCAUAUUUCCACCUGACUAAAACCAUUGAGAGCUGCCGUGUCCACUUGUUUGACGUCAUUACACAGUAUCGGGCUAUAUUCUCUGAUGAAGACCCUCUCCUGCUACCACCUCUGCCCAGCGGCCUUUUUCCUGUGAAUGAGUCGGCUAUAUUUCAUGGUUGGGUGCUGCAGAAGAUCAGUGACUUUCUACAAGUGCUGGAAAGUGACCUUCAAAAGGGUGUAGGUAGCAGGCUAGACUCUCUUUUGGGUCAGUGCAUGUACUUUGGACUGUCCUUCAGCCGCGUGGGUGCCGAUUUCCGUGGUCAACUAGCACCUAUCUUUCAGCGUGUCGCUGCUGAGAACUUUGCACGAGCAGCCAAGGAAGCCGUGGAGAAAUUCCAGGAGGAGAUGAACAUGUAUACAAUGAUGUCCUCCCCCAUGGUGCUGGGCACCAGUAUCCCACCAGUUCCAACACCACCUGCCCAGCCUGGAACCUUGCAGCCUCCUAUGGUGCUUCUGGAUUUCCCUCCACUAGCAUGCUUUCUUAACAACAUUCUGGUGGCCUUUAAUGACUUGCGUCUUUGCUGUCCAGUAGCUCUAACUCAGAAGGUGACCAACACGCUUCAAGAUUCUUUAGAAAAGGUUGUGAAAACUAUCCUAUCAUUCCAUCGGGCUGAGGAAGCUGCUUUCAGCAUUCAGGAAAGUGAACUAUUUGUUCAAUUCUGCACAGUUUUCCUGGAGGAUUUGAUGCCAUAUCUGAACCGCUGCUUACAGGUUCUUUUCCCUCCAGCUCAGAGGGCUCAAAUUCUAGGUGUGCCUCCUACACAGCUUUCUCGCUAUGGCAAUUUGGGUUCCAUCAAUGUCGGUGUUCUGCAUGAAGCCUUGGAGGGAUUAUUGCCACAGAAGGAGCCUGUGCUUGUGACUGACAGAGAACCAGUGGCAAAAUCACCAACUGACUCUGCAGCAGAGAAGUUCCUCCCAUCCCCCAAGAGUGUAGAAUUGCUAGUGAAAGAACGUGAACAAAUACCUCCUGUUCUUACAGAGAUAGUUAUGCCUGCUGAAGAAAGCCAGUAA